AUGAACAUUGUACGGCUUUGGAGGCCACCACCGAAGGCUUGGUGGAGAAGGCGGAUCAGCUUGAGGCAGCGAUCCAACACAUUCACCGUACGAGACCUCUCCAAAUGGGCGACGAGGAUAGAUGCGACCCUGGCGAUGAUCGUGGUGCUGCUGGAGAAGUUAAUGAUUCAGCGUGAGGGGAAAGAGAUCCUCGCAACUCUCGGCGGCAAGGAAAUAUCCAAGGGUAGCAGCAACGGCGUUCGAAAGACCGGAACAGAGCUUGGAGGCAAGCGCAAUGUGAUUGGAGGGAAGGGAGACGGUGGCGGGCAGCGAAUGGGGCCCGAGACGGACUCGAGUAGGCCUCGAGGCGGUGGCGGCGAUGGAUGA